GAUAUGUUUAUCAUUGACUCCAAAACGGCGAAGAUUAGGCUAAAGUACGACGUUGACGACACAACACCUACAAUCAUCACAUUCCAAAUAUCUGCCUUCGAUGUCAAUGCUAGUCCUAGAACGAGCUAUGCUACGGUGGAGAUUAAUGUUUCUGGUCGAGAUGCGUACACCAGUGAACUCCAACGAGCCAAACAGACUUACACGGUUCUGUUUGCCAUCAUGACUGCCCUGCUGACGAUCUUUAUCAUUCUCACUGUCUUCGCUUGUUACAAGUGGCGCGUGGCUCGUUCGUAUGCCGCAGACAGAAACGAAUCGAGCGGUUCAGCGCUGAGGUACGAGUCUGCUAAACCAUUGAGGGACGCGACAACAAGCAGCGGUGAACCAUACGAACACCCGGACGGGGAGGGCUACUCACCGCUGGAGAGAACAGACUUUACUGGGCAAGAAGGGACGCCUAACCCAGCCUACACAUCAGCAAGUUCUUUCCAGACACCCAAACAGCCUGCUUAUCACGAGCCUUCGGUGGACUACCCGUACCAGCGCACGCUCAACACCGAACAUAUCAGUCUGCAAAAUCUGAACGACAUAGAUGAACCAUCGCAAUCACAGCCACCCCAGUAACCCGCCACCAGACGUCGAGACCUUCAAACACACUGAUUCUGUGUUAAUUUACUUAUUCACACACACACCAGCAGUGACCGGAUACACAACACUAAACACUGACUCUGUGUUAAUCUACUUAUUCAAACACAAACCAGCAGUGACCGGAUACACAUCACUGAACACUGACUCUGUGUUAAUCUACUUAUUCACACACAAACCAGCAGUGACCGGAUACACAUCACUGAACACUGACUGUGUUAAUCUACUUAUUCACACACAAUUCAGUUCUUUAUUUAACUUUGAGCUGUUACAGCUCAUCAGUUGCACAAGUAAAAUACAACAUAUAUGUACAUAUCAAGUGGAGGGUGUAACAACAUUAUGCCAACAGCGGAGAAUGCAACAAAUACAAAAAUAUAUAUUUCUCCAAAUUACAUAAUUCUUUAGUAUUAUUGCUGUUUAACUGCUGUAGUAAUUUCACCAUAUUUGGGUGAACCCUAAAAUAUAUAUUUUUUUAUAUACAAUGCUCUUAAAUCAUUAAAGAAGGGGCAGCAUAAAAUAAAAUGAAAUUCAUCUUCUAAUUCAUCCAUUUGACACAACAUACAUAUUCUUUUAGACCUAAUAGCGUCCAACCUCAAUUGCUAAACUAUGUGAAGAUAGCCUAAGCUUUGUUAUACAUUUUUAUAUAAAUCUGGGAAUAUCUUCAUCAGAUAUUUCUGUAAAUAUAUCUCUUCUGCUAGGUAUUUAUAGAGAUAUGAACAUUUAGUAGAUGUCUGUAGUAUACCUGUAAGAUCUUGUUUGCCUUGAUAAAAAAUUAUCUGCCUUAUCAUCGAUAAAUAAAAAUUCAUAUUUGUUAUUUAAUCCUGAUAUAACCAUAGCAUACAGCCCUAAAGAAGAUAACAAUUGUUUAGUAUUAGUUGUCCGGUUAUUUUGUUUUCCACACUUGCACCUUAGUUCAUUGUAACCAUUAUUCAAUAUAAACAAAUUGUAUUCAAUAAUUUGAACCAGUAUUUUACCAUUGGAAAUUUACGUACCAAUCAAACGGGUAUCUUCCUAGUUCAAAAUAGUUCAUAAUAUUAGUUGUUGAUCUUUUAACUUUUAAAAUAGUCUUGCAAUAAUCAAGAUAUAUUUUUUUUUACAGAAUCCGCUCUGUAGAAUACAAGCAACAUAUGUAUCAGAUAGUGAAAGAGAUGUGCUUAAAUUCAAUAUCAAGCUCCUAAUAUUUAUCUUAACAGCACACAUGGAUUUUCUUCUUUGAUCAGUAAUUAUUUUAACCGCCUGACUAAAUGUAUCAUUAUAAUUAAAACAGAGACACAAAUAAGUAAACUUGUAUACAUUAUCAAGUAAACUACCGUUAUAAUACCACUUCUCAUUUUCUGUUAUAAUGCCUUUAUUUCUAAAAAUAACUAUCUUCGAUUUUGCAGUAUUUAAACUUAGGUUCCACUUGGAAUUAUAUUGAUAUGAUGUGUUUAACAUCUUUUGAAGCCCCUCAACACUUCUGGCAAAAAUAACCAUGUCGCCAGCAUAUAAUAAAAGAAAUAAACUCAGGUCUUCAUACUCAGGACAGGCAUCCACAAUGAAUUCCUUUUCAAGAUCAUUAACAUAGAAUGAAUACAAAAUUGGUGACAAACCACCGACCGAUGACCUGAUACACACACUGAACACUGACACAGUGUUAAUCUACUUAUUCACACACAAAGCACCGGUGACCUGAUACACACACUGAACACUGACACAGUGUUAAUCUACUUAUUCACACACAAAGCACCGGUGAUCUGAUACACACACUGAACACUGACACAGUGUUAAUCUACUUAUUCACACACAAAGCACCGGUGACCUGAUACACACACUCAACACUGACACAGUGUUAAUCUACUUAUUCACACAAAAAGCACCGGUGACCUGAUACAAACCACUGAACACUGACUGUUUUAUUCUACGUAUUCACACACAAACCACUGGUGACCUGAUACACAUCACUGAACACUGACUCCACUUAUUCAAUCGCAAACCAUCAAUCACCUGUCAGUUUUACAGCUUAUAGAUAUAAUGUACAAACAGAACAAUAGUAACAGUAUUUGUGAAAGUUUUACAGCUUAUAGAUAUAAUGUACAAAUAGAACAAUAGUAACAGUAUUUUUGAAAGGGCGUCUAAAUGAAUAUCAGAUUACCAAAUUUAAAUACAUUAUACAAAUAUUGUUUCCCAAAUUGCACAAUUAUUUCUUAUUUUUACAAUUAAACAAUUAUCCAAGUUCAUGUAUAGAUGUUCUAAGCCAGUAGUAUACCAUUCAAUAGAUUACAUUAGUACAAUAUUUAGCGAAUGUCUACAUAUUAUAUAUAACAUAUUGUCAUACUCGAUUAGUAUUCGUGGUUUAAGCUGUGAUUAGCGAAAUCGCAAUAAGAGAAUUAAAGGAGAAUACAGUGGGAUUGGAGGGGGGGGGGGGGGGUAUUGUUAAUUGACCUAAAAAUUUUGUGUAUUGCUAGUAAGUUUCGUUACUCAGCUAAUGUCUUGUAUAUUUUGCAUUAUGUGUAAUAUUUUGAUGUAAAUGUUGAUUUGAAGAAGCACCCUGUAAACCAUCAUAUCAAAUAUGUGUAUCUCAUUAUUUUCCUAUUACCCUCACAGGCUUUCUGCCAGAGUGUAAAAUGGGUAUGGCGCCAUACCCACAUUUUUUUGAAGAUGUUUUUUUUUUUUAAGUUACUCUUUUCACAAAAUUAAUUACUCUUAACAUUACUGUAUGUUUUUCUUAACCCUAACACUAAACUUAACCCAUUUUCUUUCUGGAGGAAGUCACCCAUACCCCUUUUUGACUGUGGUUGCAUUCAAUUCCAUAGCGCCAUUCCUAAAAAUUUCUUUCUCGCAGAAACACUGUCUCAUAUGUCGUUGCUGAACGGCUAAAGUGAAAUAAACUGAUAUAAACAGA